AUGGCGAUCGAAAGAGCCGUCCGGUCGAAUGUUCGCAGAGCUCGGCCACCGGGUCCACGGAAAGCAGUUUUUAUUGAUGAUACACCGAAGCCGUCAGAAUGGAGGAAUAUUUGGGUGGCGAUAUUUGGAUUCUAUAUUCUUUUUGCAGAAACAGGUGUUAGGCAGGUUAUGAACGGAUUCGUGGAGCCUGUCAUCAAAACCUAUAACUGUACAAAAGAUGAAGCAGACACAGCGGUUCUAGUUGUUCCCAUGGCAUCCAGUCUUAUUCUUGGACCGUUCUGCUCGAUAUUCUAUCAACGGACAGGUGCCAGAAUCAGUAUCAUAGUAGGUGCCGUGUUAACAGGAGGAAGUUUUGUGGUUGGACCAUUUUGUAAAUCUAUUUAUCUACUUAUGCUGGCUACGUUUGGAAUCGGAAUUGGCUGUGGCUUGAUGAGAAAUUCUAUCAUUUCAAUCCAAUGUGAAUAUUUCAAGAAAAAGAGAAAUACAGUAAUGGCAGCAAUCUCUAUCGGUCCUGGUCUUGGUAUUUUUAUAUUACCUAGCACUUUAAAAUGGAUCAUGGUCAAGUACGAUAGUUGGGGUCCUGCCUGGUGGUUUUUGUCAUUGUUUUAUGUCAUCUCUGCAAUUAUGGGAUUGUUUAUAUCGAAACAACCUUCAGAGCAGACGAGUAGCUUUUCUUUCAGUUCAGCAGUAAAAGUUUGUAAAAAAGUGGAGUUCGAUCUUCAUCUGAUAGCCUGCUUUUUCGCAUCUUCUGUAACUUUUAUUUAUUUGGCCAACAUUUUGAUUCUCAUGGAAUCAGAAAAUAUUGAAAAGCAAGAAGGCAUCUAUGGAUUUCAAGGACUGGCGAGUAUAGUCGGAAAGUUUGUGCUAACAUUUGUCAUGAGUUUGAACAGGGUGCACAAUGGUAUAAUAAUGAUCAUCAGUUACGUCAUUGCUCAGUUGUCAUUAUCGUCAGCUGCAUUCUGCUACAAAUUCUGGCAGUUCAGAAUACAAAAUGCGUUUGCUGGUAUUGGAAUCGGGCUCUACCAAGCAUGCUUGGCUCCCUUCCUUGUUGCUAUUGUCGGACCAUCCCAGCUUGCAUAUGCUCUUGGAUUCACCAAUCUAAUCAACGGAAUAUCAAUCAUUUCUGGAGUUUGGAUAUCAGGAUUUGCUAGUAAAGGAACUACGGGUGAAGAUGCAAGAAGUGCAUUUUUCAUUUCAAUCUGGUUGGGAAUAGCAGCAAUUGUUAUGUCAGUGGUCACUUCAUUCCUUCUGAUGGCACGAGAAAAACAUAAGAGGAAGCCAUCUAUGAAGCAGAUGAAGCACUCACCCGAAUUAAAUGCUCUUACCAACAUCACUUCUGUAGAGAAUUCAUAA